CUGUCACUUAACAGUAUUUGUUUUCUUUUACAAAUUUUUGUUGACAUACAUUUUUGUAUUUGAUACAAAUUUUAAAUCACACAAACUAUGCAUAAGCGUAAAAGAACAGAAAAUUGGACAGCAAAUGACAAGAGAUUACUGCGAGAACUGUGUGCCGAAAGGCUUAAUAUUAUUGAAAAUAAAUGUGUGGACACGGAAAAUAAUCGCCUGAAAAGAGAGUGUUGGGCCGAAAUAAAUGAUGCAUUCAAUGAAUUGAGUGAGACAAAGCGAGACGUUGCCCGAAUUCAGUUCCAAUGGAGGAACAUGAAAAUGAAGGCAAAAACUGCACAAUCGACUUACCAAAAAGCCCUUAAAAAAUCUUGUGAUGAUCCGCCACCUCAAUCUCCAUCCAAAGACGAUCGAGAACUAAUUGAACUUGUCUCGACUGAGUAUAAGAUAGACACAAAUGUAUUAGACACCUAUGGUGUAGCCAUGCAAAUGCAGAUCAAGGAUGAAAACGUUUCUGUAGAUACAUUAGAUGAAUUACCCGAUGAAUAUAAGGAUACUGAAGAUUACUUUACAGAAAACAAUUACAGUCAUAGUCGGGAAAAUAUGAGCGCCAAUCUUUCAUAUUUGCAAUCAUCAACAAAAAGAAUCCAAAGAAAAAAGAAGAUCUUUCAUGACCCUGAAACAUCACAAAAGAGGGAAUUAUUUGAGCUUACGAAAGCUCAUAUGAUAGAGGAACACGCGGAACGAAUGGCAGUAUUAGACAUGGAAAAACAAUGUCGACAGAAAGAACUCGAAAACCUCAAGCUGCAAAUGGAACUACUGCGAAAGAAUAUAGGUUAAUAAUGUUAUUUGUAUUUAUUAUUUAUUUAUUUUACAAC